UUUGCGUAGAAGCAUAUGCUCGUUACACUCAGAGACUGCACUUUGGUACAUUUUUUUUUUGUUGCGAAUAGUUGAAACGCCUCUGUUGUUGAGAUAUGAGGACAUAUACUUAGUGAUAGUUAAAUUGAUUUAUUUUAAUAAAUGAACUAACUGAACAAACAAGAAGAAAAAGGUCCUCCGGUAUUUUCUUCAGUUCGUUAUGUUUGCUAAACAGGACCAGUGUUUGGAAUAAGGAUGCUUGUACUCCGGCAGGUGCUCACCCUAUGCGUCGCGCUACCAUUGUUUCUCCGGUCUUCCGGUGCUCAGACCCAGGAAGUGGUGAUAUGUACUGGCACCAAAAAUUCCCUGAGUGUGACAGGAAAUUCUGAAAUGCAAUACAAACUAAUGAAGGAGAUGUACACUGGUUGCGAGAUUGUCAUGGGUAACCUGGAGAUCACCAUGAUGGAACACUGGCGAGAUAUCUCUUUUCUGAAGUCUAUCAGGGAAGUGACAGGCUACAUUCUGAUAGGUAUUAACCAAUUCCGCCGGCUGCCCUUGGACCAGCUGAGAGUCAUCAGAGGUACCACUCUGUAUGAGGGGCGCUUUGCCCUCGCAGUCCUUGUCAAUUACCAGAAGGAUGGCCAGUACGGGCUUCAGGAACUGGGGCUCACACACCUCACAGAAAUACUGGAGGGAGGCGUCCAGAUCAUCCAUAAUAAAUUCCUUAGCUACUCCCCUCAGGUGAACUGGCUGGACAUAGUGAAGGAUGGAGCUUCAGAGGUCAUAAUUAAUGAUAAUGGACCCAUAGCAUCUUGUGAUGAGGCGUGUGGGGGCACUUGCUGGGGGUCCAGCAAUGAAACCUGCCAAAUAUUGACCAAGACAGUGUGUGCCCCCCAAUGUAACGGCCGCUGUUUUGGUAAAAGCCCCAGUGAGUGCUGUCAUAUGGAGUGUGCAGGAGGAUGCACUGGACCCCUGGAUACAGAUUGCUUUGCUUGUAGAAACUUCAACAACUCAGGCUCCUGUGUGCCCCAGUGUCCCCAGACCCUUAUCUACAACAAGCACACCUUUAAAGUGGAGGACAACCCUAAUGCCAAGUAUCAAUACGGCUCCAUAUGUGUGGCCCAGUGUCCCCCCAACUUUGUGGUAGAUGGGAGCUCCUGUGUCAGCAGCUGCCCCCUUAAUAAGAUGGAGGUGGAGAAGAAAGGAGUGAAGAGAUGUGAGCCUUGUGGAGGCCUCUGUCCUAAAGCUUGUGUUGGUACAGGCACAGACGAAAGACAGACAGUGGACUCUAGGAAUAUUGACAGCUUCAUUAACUGCACCAAGAUUCAAGGAAGCCUACAUUUCCUGGUUACCGGAAUAAAAGGUGAUGCUUACGAAAACAUCACAGCUCUGGAUCCAGAGAAACUGAAAAUAUUUAAAACAGUGAGAGAGAUCACAGAUAUUUUGAGUAUUCAGUCAUGGCCUGAAAGUAUGUCUGAUCUGUCUGUGUUCUCCAACCUGUCAACCAUACAAGGAAGAAAGCUCUACAGAGGAGUGAGCUCUAAAAGGGGUUACUCACUGCUGGUGAUGAGGAUCCCUACCCUGACCUCCCUGGGUCUGCGCUCGCUACACAGGAUCAACGACGGCGGUGUCUACAUCACAGGAAACAGCCAGCUGUGUUACCAUGACACAGUCAACUGGACACGCCUCUUCAACAGUAGCUCUCGGCCCAUGCGCCGCCACAAGAACAUCGACAUCAAGGAAAACCAACCACAGAUCAACUGUGUUGCAGAGGGCCACGUGUGUGACGCCUUGUGUUCUUCUGAGGGAUGUUGGGGUCCUGGGCCCAACCAGUGUCUCUCCUGUAAGAACUACAGCCGAGGAGGCACAUGCGUCCCAAUGUGCAAAUUUCUAUCAGGAGAUGGACGUGAGUUUGCUAGUCAAGAAGGCAAGUGCAUAUCCUGUCACUCUGAGUGUGAGGUCCAGACAGGACAACCCACCUGUACAGGCCCGGGUGCAGAUGAGUGUGUUGUGUGUGCCAGUCUGAAGGACGGUCCUCACUGUGUGUCCAUGUGUCCUGAGGGGGUGAUGUCAGAGAAGGGGCUCAUCUUUAAGUACCCAAACUAUCAACGCCAAUGUGAACCCUGCCACCUCAACUGUACCCUGGGGUGCUUAGGCCCAGGCAUUGAGGACUGUCUGGAGCCUGACAGAUCCACCUCUAGCCGAGCCACGACAGGAAUCGUUUUGGGGGUGAUAUUAGCGUGCUUUGUUGGCACCUCAAUCUUCAUCAUGAGUGUUUUGUACCGCCGCAGCCUUGCUAUCCGCCGCAAGAGGGCUAUGAGGAGAUACAUGGCAAGUGGAGAGAGUUUCGAGCCAUUAGAUCCCAGUGAUAAAGGAGUCAAAGUUCAUGCUCGUAUCCUGAAGAUCACAGAGCUCCGUAAAAUCAAGCUGCUGGGAACUGGAGUGUUUGGCUCUGUCCACAAGGGGGUAUGGAUGCCAGAGGGAGACUCAGUGAAGCUCCCAGUUGCCAUCAAGACUAUUCAUGAUCGCACGGGCCGACAGGCCUUCCAUGAAAUCACUGAUCAUAUGUUGGCAAUGGGCAGUCUAGACCAUGCUCAUGUGGUCCGGCUCCUGGGCAUCUGUCCAGGUGCCAGUAUGCAGCUUGUCACCCAGCUCAGCACACAGGGAUCCUUAUUGGAGCACAUCAGGCAUCAAAAAGACAGCCUUAACCCUCAGAGAUUACUCAAUUGGUGUGUGCAGAUUGCCAAGGGUAUGUAUUACCUGGAAGAACACAGGAUGGUCCAUAGGAACCUGGCAGCCAGGAACGUGCUUCUGAAGAAUGACUUCAUCGUCCAGAUCUCUGAUUACGGCAUCGCAGACUUGCUCUACCCUGACGACAAGAAGUACUUUUACAAUGAGUCCAAGGCACCUAUCAAGUGGAUGGCUCUGGAAAGCAUCUUAUUCCGCAGAUACACACAUCAGAGUGAUGUCUGGAGCUAUGGUGUGACCGUGUGGGAGAUGAUGUCCUAUGGGGCUGAGCCCUACACGACAAUGCGUCCACAGGAAGUACCGGAUCUGCUGGAGAAGGGCGAACGUCUGUCCCAGCCCCAAAUCUGCACCAUAGACGUCUAUAUGGUCAUGGUCAAGUGUUGGAUGAUUGAUGAGAAUGUCCGUCCAACCUUUAAGGAGUUGGCCAAUGAAUUCACCAGAAUGGCAAGAGACCCACCCCGUUACCUGGUAAUCAAGGGGGACUGCAGCUUGUCAGACUCAGGUCUGGAUGAGGCACAGCAGCGGGGACCAGAGCUGGGCGACCUACAUGGAGAGCUACAAGGAUUGGAUGAGGAGGGGCUGGAAUCUGGCAUGGCCACGCCUCCUCACUACAUGUCACAGUCCAAGAGUCUCCCUCGCCUCUCCAGAAUGGAUAGCCACAGGGGGAUUUCCAGCAUGGCAGGGUACCUGCCCAUGACCCCAGGUGUUGAAAAUCCAGGACAGUACAUGUGGCCAUCGCGUUCUCGCCUUAACUCUGCUCGCACCGUGUCUGAGAGCUCUGAGGGCCGGGGCACCGUGGUGGAGCUCGAGAUGAGCGAGGAUGUCUCAUUAGCUGGCAGCCUCAGGAGGAAGCGACAUCGAGAAGACAGUGCCUACAUGUCUCAGAGAGACAGCAUGUCAGGGGGGCCGCCAGAGACCUUCUCCCCAGAUACAGAGGGGGAGGAGGACCACAAUGGAUAUGUGCUCCCUGGUCUAGGAGACAGCCCCGAGAGAGAAAGCCUACUACUCUCCACCUCUCAAGUCACCCUGCCUCACGAGAGAACAUUGUCCAAGUUACCCCAGCGCUCCUCAGGACUAUUAGAGGACCCAGACAGUGCCAGUGAAGAAUAUGAGUAUAUGAACAAACAGGCAUGCAUGAUAUCUCUCCAGACAACCAGACAACAUCCUAGUCACCCUAAAGAUGGCGCACAGUGGUUAAAGAUGAAUAAGAGAUCAGGCUCCUCAUUAACACCACUAGGCACAGAGUGCACAGGUAACCGUACAUCUGGUUGUCAGGGCAGUGAUGGCCAAACCAAAAAUUAUGACAACCAGAGUACAGAAGACAGUUAUGAUUCAGACAACAUCGAAGAGCAGGGUUCUGGUGGGGUUGAAUAUGAGUACAUGGACAUUAGAAGUGUUGAAACAGAAACCAACGACCCCCCAAGUCCAGAUGUCCCUAAACCCAGUGAAACUGCAGAGGAGCGUCUGAAAGUUAGACGUAAAGUUAAGAAAGAGGUUGUAGACAAUGAAUAUGUAGAGAAUGACUAUCAGUACACUAACAGCCAGCCCAGGCUGCAUCAGGCUCUUCGUGGCAGGGAUGGAUUGAGGCUGCAAGGAGAGGAUGAGGAGGAGGAGUAUGCGUAUGAGGAGAUGGACUCCAUGGCGGUCCUUGGAGCUGGGAACUCAGUCGAGUACCAAAACAUGCAGGGAGAAGAUGAGGGUGCCUUUGGUAGGCAGGGGACUCAGCACCCUGGGGUUGGGACCUACGUGAAAGUGCGUGCUGGGGUUGGGGAGCCUGGUGGCGGAGAUCAGUCUUUUGACAAUCCAGACUACUGGCACAGCAGAUUGUUCUUAAAGCCCAAUGCAUUGCGGACGUGAGGCUAAAGUAAGAGAUAAGAAGCAUGUAGCUGUGGCAUUUCCAUGAAAAUAAUGAAGGAACCAGACAAAUGCAAGCAAUCCAAAUCACUUUUUUUGAUCAAUUAUGUGUCUGUUACAAGUUUACAUUUCCAUUGUGUGUUUUUUGUGCCAACUCUGGUAUUAAAACAGUACAACCAAUAAAGGGACUGAGUGCAGAGUAGCCUACACUACUAUAAAUGGCCAGAUUACAAGCUUUGUUGUAUUUGUAGUGCAUUAUGUAAGAACAAAAUUUAUUUGAACAACUGUCUUUUUUCAUACAUUUUAUUCAUGACUUACAGAAUCAUUCAUCUUACAUUAUAUUGUUUUUGUUUCAGAAAAAAUAAAGGUAUUUCAAUAUG